GAGAGCGGAGCACAAGAGCGAAACAUGGCGACUGCGAACAAUCCGCGGAAAUUCAGCGAGAAGAUCGCGCUGCACACCCAGAAGCAGGCGGAGGAGACGGCGGCCUUCGAGGAGGUGAUGAAGGAGCUCAGCAUUACGCGGGCAGCGAGGUUACAGCUACAGUCGACCCAGUAUCUGCAGCUGGGACAGAACAGAGGCCAGUACUACGGAGGGUCUUUGCCAAACGUCAAUCAGAUCGGAAACAGCACCGUUGAUGGGCCUUUUCAGAAAUCAGUGCUGGACACAAAUAGAUUGACGCGACAUCAUGGGUUAGUGGACAGAGUCUACCGGGAUCGGAACCGCAUGACGUCGCCCCACAGAAAACCCCCGUCUGUUGACAAACAUGGACGUCAGAUUGACAGCUGUCCAUAUGGAUCACUGUAUCUUUCACCACCACCUGAUACCAGCUGGAGGAGGACAAACUCUGACUCAGCUCUGCACCAGAGCACACUGACACCUGCUCAGCAGGCCGCUUUCACCGGAGGAUCCCAGGAGCUGCUGCCAAAACGAGUUCUCCUGCUCACUGUACCAGGCUCCGAAGCAAUUAAACAAGAGGCUGAUGAAGAUGGACAGGAAGAGGAAUGGGACUGUAAAAAGAACAUUUUAAGGUCCAAGCCCUGCAAAGUUCCCGGAAUCAACAUAUUUCCAUCUCCAGACCAACAGCUGACCACUACACUCAAACCUGCAGCCCUCAACACUGGCGGUUCUCUGCCUGACCUGACCAACAUCCAAUUCCCUCCUCCGCUGCCCACCCCGCUCGACACGGACGACACGGCAGCUGCCUCGUUCGGCUCCUCCAGCAGCAUACAGAUCCUGGCAAACACACAAGGAGGGAACGCCUCUCAGUCCCCAGUAACCAUGGAAAUGGAGCCUGGGCAGGACAACAUGGUUCCUCUCAUUGUGAAUACAGGAGACUCCCACCAGCAACAGAACCUCACACUCUCCCCUUCUUCUCCACCUCUCAGUCUCUCUCAGGCAGCGAUCAACGCGAUGAACCUUGAGCAGCAGCUGUCGCAGUAUGCCUUCUUUAGCCAGCAGCCGGUGUCCCAGACGCACCAGAACCAGCAACAGACAAGUCCGGUCCAGCUCCAGUCGACCGUGAACUCUUGCUCCACGAUAGACGACCACACGUCCUCGCAAACAAACAUGAUCAUGGACAUGAGCACGACCUCCUCCCUCCAACAGUACCGCAAUAGGGUCGGAUCGUCUGCCAAUCAGUCGCCAACCUCCCCUGUCUCCAAUCAAGGAUUCUCACCUGGAGGCUCACCUCAACAUAACUCCAUACUGGGCAGCGUGUUCGCUGACUUCUAUGACCAGCAGCUCCCGUCCAUUCAGGCCAGUGCGCUCUCACAACAGUUGGAGCAGUUCAACAUGUUUGAAACACCCAUCGGCUCUGACCAGACCUCCACCCUCAACUACUCCCAGGCACUUAUGAUGGGUUUGAGUGGUGGCCACUGCAACCUUCAAGAUGCACAGCACCUGGGCUACAGUAGCCAUGGCAACAUCCCCAAUAUCAUCCUCACAGUGAGUGGAGAGUCUCCACCCAGCCUGCCUAAGGACCUAACCGGCUGCCUGUCCACAGAUGUCAGCUUUGAUAUCGACUCCCAGUUCCCGCUGGACGACCUCAAAAUCGACCCGCUGACGCUCGACGGACUGCACAUGCUCAACGACCCAGACAUGGUCCUCGCUGACCCCGCCACGGAGGACGCAUUCCGCCUCGAUCGACUCUAACCCCUUGACACAGUACGUUUAUGCACAGGUGUGUGAAAGCUAUUGCCCUGG